AGGCCAGACCUCUCACACUCACUCAUCUGUGAGAAAGUGAGAGAAAGCUGGCGUGGGGGCAGAGGCUUGGCAGGAACUCCGCGUGGGACCCAGGGACAGGCCUGCAGAGCAGACACAGGACAACCGGCAGUCCUCAAGCCCCCCGUGCCCAGCCACAGCCAACCGUCCACCAGCUUUUCAAAAAUGUGAUGCCUUGGCCCCAGUGGUGGUAAAGUGUCAGCUGUGAGUAAAUGGGGAUCUUUCUAUCUGCAUCGGCUGUCAGACAAAGGUCAGGCACGACUUGAACUCAGAAUCCUGCAAGAAUCCUAUAAACUAACUCUAUGGAGCAUUUUCUGCCUUUGAUUAGGCACCUACUGUAAACUGGGCACAGCACCAUGAAUUUAGGAAAUAACUAUCAUAAAUCUGCACAACAAUGUGCCACGGGUAGUAUUUCUCCCACUUUACAAGAUGAAUGAAACAGAGACUCAGAGAGGUGCAGUAACUUGCCCGAGGUCACACAGCCCAUAAGUUGCAGAGUUGGAUUUGAAUCCAGGGAGGUCUGGUUCCCAAACCUGUGAAAUUGGGAUCCAAUGUGCUAAGUUUCUUGGAGGAGACCAUGGGAAUCUCCCCAUCAACCCACCCACUUUGAAGAUGAGGAGAGAAAGUCCGAGGGGAGAAGGCACCUGCCCAAAGUCACUCCGUGGCAGGACAGGGACUCGAACCUAGGCCUCCCACUCCCAGUCAGGUAUCAAAUCUCAGCUUCCCACUGCAGGUGCUCCGGCUCUGAGGACGACUUGAAACGCAGUGGCCCUGGGGAGGCCAGCUGCGACUGUGGCACUCUUUCACUUCACGUUUUCACUUCGGGUCAGAAAAACCCCCAGGCACACCUUUUCCUGAGCAGUUUCCCAGGCCUCAGGUUCCCCUCCCAGACGCUCAGCAUGAGUUCGGUUCCCAGCUGCGGCCCCCGACACCAACCCCCGCGUGGACACCAGCCCCCGCGUGGACACGUCCCUGUGGAAAGCGUGUCAGGUGGUUUCUGGGCUCUGGCAUUUUUGUUAGGAGGAGAAAGCACAAGGUUGGUUGGUUCUCUUUUUAUCUUAAAUUUGCACAGCGUCGGAUCACAAAAUGUUUUUGUAUGCAUGAGUGGUUUUUAAUAUCUGAAACUCUAUUGACACCCUGAUAAUAAAAAAAAGUAUGAAUCCUUUUCCCUAAAAAACGCACAGACAUAAAGUCGUAUAUACACGAUGAAAGGACUGAUACUCCAUCAGAGCCCAGCCAUGACCCCGGUUGAAAAGCUAUGAUGGAAGUCAUCAGCCCAUUUGCGAAACCCGCUUUGUAUCACAAACAGAGUGGGACAGGUAUUGUUAUUGUCAUUUCACAGAUGAGAAAAGGGGUUCAGAAAGUCGAAGGGACUUGCCCAAAGUCACAUGACAGAGGUGGAACUAGAGUAACUGCUCAGUGUGGCAAGCACCAGGUCUCUCCAUGCUGGGCAUUCAGACAUAGCCUGGAAGAAGGCCCCGUCCAGAAGCCAGAUGUUCUAACUCCGAAAGGGGUUUCUGUCUGCCCAGAGAGAAGACAGAGCUGGGCUUCCUGCUGCUCUGUGCCUCCUGUUGUCGGGUGUCGUGUUGUUGGGAUCUCUAUCCUAAUGCCUGCAUUUCCCGCCCUUGCCUACUUUGGACAAUAACCGCAUUUUGGUGGCCACGCCAGGCUUUAGUGAGGCACAAAUGCCAACUGCCACCACCCCCAGCAUCUCUCUUCUGGGCUGGAGUCUACACAGGGUUGAAUUUCCUUUAAAAAAAACUACAUCCUUUUGAUGUUCCUUCAGUAAAAGUCUGGUAAAGGUUGUGGCGAGAGUCAGCUAUCAGGUGAGAUCAUCAAUGUGCUGACUUCAAAAGACUCUUUUCUUCUCAUUGUACUGCAGCAAAACCUUCUUGGCAAGCCCAGUGGAAGCCAAAGGACCCACCUGAUGGAGGGAUGCUGGCUGAUGGAGACAGCCAAUGGCUCCAAGAAUGGCUUGGAUUUCAACCCCAUGAAGGAUUACAUGGUCCUGAGUGAUUCCCAGAAGAUAGCCAUUGCGGUGUUGUGCACCCUUUUAGGCCUGCUAAGUGCCCUGGAGAACCUGGCCGUGCUCUAUCUGAUUCUGUCCUCCCGCCGGCUCUGCAAGAAGCCCUCAUACCUGUUCAUUGGCAGCUUGGCUGGAGCUGACUUCCUGGCCAGUGUGGUCUUUGCAUGCAGCUUUGUAAAUUUCCAUGUCUUCAAUGGCGUGGAUUCCAAGGCCAUCUUCCUGCUGAAGAUUGGCAGCGUGAGCAUGACCUUCACAGCCUCUGUGGGCAGCCUCCUGCUGACUGCCAUCGACCGCUACCUCUGUCUGCGCUACCCAUCUGCAUAUAAAGCUCUCCUCACCCGUGGGAGGGCACUGGUGACCCUGGGCAUCGCCUGGGCCAUCUCGGCACUGGUCUCCUACCUGCCGCUCAUGGGAUGGACUUGCUGUCCCAGUCCCUGCUCCGAGCUUUUCCCGCUGAUCCCCAAUGACUACCUGCUGGGCUGGCUCCUGUUCAUUGCCCUCCUCUUCUCUGGCAUCUUCUACACCUACGGGCACGUCCUCUGGAAGGCGCAUCAGCACGUAGCCAGCCUGGCUGAGCACCAGCACCGGCAGGCGCCAGGCAUGGCCCGGAUGAGGCUGGAUGUGAGGUUGGCCAAGACCCUGGUGCUGGUGCUGGCUGUGCUGCUCACGUGCUGGCUCCCGGUGCUGGCGCUCAUGGCCCACAGCCUGACCGCCCCGCUCAGCGACCAGUUCAAGAAGGUCUUUGCCUUCUGCUCCAUGCUGUGUCUUGUCAACUCCAUGGUCAACCCUGUCAUCUAUGCCCUGCGGAGUUGGGAGAUCCGCUCCUCUGCCCAUCGAUGCCUGGCCCGCUGGAGGAAGUGUCUGAGGGACAUUGGGUCUGAGGGGAUAAAUGAAGCCCCAAGGUCCUCAGCCACCGAGACAGAGGUCGACAUGAAAACCAGCCCGUGGGCGGAUUCCGGAGACCCGUACUGCUGACUGCUGGUGCAGCUUCCUUCACAGUUUUAAACGGCCCAAGUCAGAAAUCAUUUCACUCCCUGGAGGAGAGAGAAGGGUCUCGGCCCUCUCAUCCCACUCAAACCAGGACACUUCCCUAUUUUUGCUGAUGGAGUGUUGGGACGACCCCUGGAGAGUGGCCUGGCCAUGCCCACCUGCGCACAGCUGCGGGGUAGCUAGGCUUGCAGAUGGCAAGGUGGGCAGCGGGCAAAGGCCUGGCACAGGCUCAGUUCAUGGGACCGUCCCAGCAAGAUGACUCAGUGCCCGCAUCCUCCAGAGACCACAGGAGCCAGAGGGAGCCUUCAGGCCCAGCGGUGAAAAACUUGGAGGACAUCUGAGAAGAAGAAUGGAUUUUUCUCUUGGGAACUCAGGGUAUCCGAUGGGAUGGCUGGCCAGCCCUUGCUCCUGCUCAACUGCUGGAGCCUCCUGGGUUCUGGAGCUAUGAAAGACCCCACCUUCAGGUCACCUUUGCUGCUGAGGACCAGGAACUAUGAUGGGAUGAGGGCCAAGGGUGCCAACCUGGCUGUUUCAGAGAUAAAUAACAAGACUACAGUUCAGGGCCUCUUGGUGUUAGGGCAAGGGCCCUUCCUGACAUCCUGAAAAUCCCCACACACAGCAGCCACUGUGACCUCUUAAGUCCCUGGGGAAUGCAGAGGAGGCUGGGAUCGCCUGAGACACAGACUCUUCGGAGAAUUUUGUUGACCCCGUGAGGUCCUGCCUGGUGGUGCUGCUGGAAGCAGACGGUGUCCCAGUCUAACCUGACUCUGAGAAGAAGGGCAAUAUUCAUGAAGAUUUUAUCAACCCCAAAUUGUUCCCCAUCCCCCUCAAUCCAUCCCCUUUGUCUUUUCCGUGCCCCAACAGCACACAGCAAGCAGAGCAGGUGGGAGGAGGGGCAGUUCCCCUCCCAUCUGCCAGGCACAGGCUGACAUUCCACAGUCCAUGUCCCCAGCCAGAGCACAGCUGUGUGCUUUUGAAGGUCCCAGAGUGUCUGUAUUUUACAUGUCAGGGAGGCUGGAUGCCCCCUGCAGAGGCUUGAAACAGCAGACAAGAGAAAUUGUUGGUGGCAAGGAGGAUCGCAGAGGAAUUACAAUGUAAUUAUUUGAUUACGCAGAUGGAAUAAAAGGGAUGAUAUUGAUUAAA